GGGUGCACAACAUACGGCCCGCGAGGCCCUUGUCUGCGGCCCGCCAUGACUGGUUGCGUUGUAAGUGCUACUAUGGCUCCUGCCCUGUUGGCGACAGCUAUGGCCAGUCAGCUGCGGCCCGCGGUAGGAUUCACAUCCCUUUCAAAUGAUAUGGAGAUCAAUGGAGAUCAAAGAUUGGGGCAAUACUGCUGGACGGGACUGACAGUACUGCUCCACCUCCUGCCAGUCCUGUCCACUGGACAGUCUCGUUCCUUUCUCCUUGUCUUGCCCCAUCCAGGGGAUGGUCGACUCCGUAUUGUUCUAUGA